CUAAGUCAAAACAGUAAAAUUAGCUUCAAAUAUUCUUUUAAUUCAAUUUUUAAGAGAAUUACAAAGAAACUAGGUAUUUACAUAUGAUAAAUCAUGGCAUCGGCACUAGAACAUUAUGUAAACAAUGUCCGUACUAUGACAUCAGCCGGAAAUUUUCGCGAACUGGUUGAUUAUCUUAAUGACUCGAUGGAACUACUUCAGAGGAACUUAAACUUGUUAGAUAAUGUAAUGGAAACGUUAGAUUUACAACAUCAUUCAUUAGGAGUGAUGUAUAUUGUUGCAGCCAAGAUUAGCGAAAUUCAAAAUGAAGAUCCAGAGCCUGUUUUAUCUUUAGUUAAGCGAUUUGUCACAAUUUGUAAUGGUGAGCAAGUUCGUAAUGCUCCACAAACAUAUUUUGAUCUGUUUCAUGCCUACACAAAUCUCCUCGUCAAGCGGAAAUUAAAUACGACUCAAGGAAUCCCAGUUUUAACCGUAGCUAUUGAAAAGAUUCAGCUAAUGGAAUCACAAUUGACUCCAAUUCAUGCUGAUUUAUGUCAAUUAUGCUUAAGUUCAAAAGUUUUCAAGCCAGCACUCUACUUUUUGGAUGUUGAUGUCACAACCAUCGCAGCCGCUGAAGAUCAUCAGGAUUCUACAACAAAGUACUUCCUUCUGUAUUAUUAUUAUGGUGGAAUGGUCUAUGCAGCAGUUAAAAACUAUGAUCGUGCAUUGUACUUCUUUGAAGUAGCAAUUUCGACACCAGCAACUGCCAUGUCUCAUAUUAUGUUGGAAUCAUAUAAAAAGUACAUCCUCAUCUCAUUGAUUUUGCGAGGAAAGCAAAUAACGAUUCCUAAAUAUUCACCACAAGUGAUUGGACGCUUUAUUAAACCGCUGUCUCAGCAUUAUCAUGAAUUAUCGAACGUUUAUAUUAAUAGUGGCUCGCCAGAAGCCGUUCGUGCUGUCAUAACUAAAUAUCAAGAGACUUUCGUACGUGAUAACAAUUUGGGAUUAGUCAAACAAGUUCUAUCGACGCUUUACAAAAAGAAAAUUCAGAGAUUGACAAAGACUUUCCUCACUUUAUCGCUCUCAGAUGUCGCAAGUCGUGCAUCAUUGUCGAGUCCAGCGGAAGCUGAAAAGUACAUUUUGAAUAUGAUCAAAUCAGGCGAGAUUUUUGCAGCAAUCAAUCAAAAGGAUGGAAUGGUUGUGUUCCAUGAUGAUCCAGAAAAAUACAAUACACCACACAUGUACUUGAACAUACAGGAAGACAUGAAUAAGAUAAUAGAAUUAAACAAAAAGAUAACGCAAAUGGAAGAAGAAAUUAUGCUGACACCGAUGUUUGUGAAGAAGUCUACCAUACCCGAAAGUGUAGUUGAUGACAAAGGAUAUCCAAGUGAAGCAUGUGAGUGAAUUCUCUUAAAAAAAUGCUUGCUUUUUGCUCUAAAUCUCUUUCUGCAAAGCAAAGUCCCAAGUAGAUGCUUAACUACUGAAAAAGAAUACAAAAAAAAAUUAUGUUCUUUAUGCUGUAAAACAAAUCUUGAGUUUCAAAUAAAAGCGCUGGCUUUGAGAUCUUCUUUUUAGUUU